AUGGCCGACGGGAAUAGUGAGGUCCUGGAGGGUAUUUUCGCCUUAUUCAAACCCUCCGGCAUCACCUCCGGUCAAGCCCUCCUGCACCUCCAAUCCAUUUUCUCAAGAUCCACCCUCUUCGCCCCGCUCCUCGCCUCAACCCGCCUAAACCGAGCGCACCAAGCAUCCCUCCUCCCUUCCGGCCAGAAAAACAAAGCCGAGGAUGAAGAAGCCAAUGGCCGCUUCUUCCGUAUGGGCCACGGCGGGACACUCGACCCACUCGCCUCCGGGAUCCUGAUCGUGGGCAUCGGCCGCGGGACGAAGGCGCUGCAGAACUUCCUUGGCUGCACGAAGACGUACGAGACUGUUGUGUUGUUUGGGAAGAGCACGGACACACAUGAUGUUGAUGGGGUAGUUGUUGCGGUGAAAGAUUGCGCGCAUGUGAGUGAGGAGUUGGUGAGUGCGAAGUUGGCGAUGUUUAGGGGGACGUUUCGGCAGGUGCCGCCGGUGUACUCGGCGCUUAAGAUCAACGGGAUGAAGGCUUGCGAGUAUAUGCGGGCAGGGAAGGAGUUGCCGAAGGAGUUGGAGGAUAGAGAGGUUUGUGUGGAUGAGUGUGAGAUGAUUGAGUGGUGGGAUGGGGGAAAGCAUGAGUUCAAAUGGCCGGGAGACAACGUUGCAGCCGCCGCACCUGCUGUAAGAGUACGUCUCACUGUGAGCUCGGGAUUCUAUGUCAGAAGCUUUGCGUCCGAUCUAGGAAUCGCGUGUGGGAGUCUGGCGACGAUGGCGGAGCUGGUGAGGACAAGGCAGGCGGAUUUCACCACCGAGGAGCGGGUGGAUGGACAGACGUUGGAAGCUGUCACAUACGCGGACCUCGAUUCUAGUGAAGAUACUUGGGGACCGAAGGUUGCACGACAACUCAGGGCGUGGGUUCAGCAGAAUCCACCGCCCGCAGAGUACACACACGUUGACGGGCGAGACCCAAACACAAAGAAAAGGUUAAACGAAGAAGAGAAGACCAAGGUGCGGCAAAGGUUUCGGGGCGACUGGGCCGGCGUCUCACGCAAAGAGCGCAGACGACAGCAAAAGGCAGCAAAGGAGGGCAUGAAUGGACAAAAGGCGUCAAACGAGAGUAUCAAUGGACACAAGGAUACUACGUCGUAG